CUACAGAGUUACUUUGCAGCAUGCGAGGACGAGACCCCUGCCAUCCGGAACCACGACAAGGUCCUGCAGCGCCUGUGUGAGCACCUGGACCACGCACUGCUGUACGGACUGCAAGACCUCUCAUCUGGCUACUGGGUGCUCGUGGUGCAUUUCACCCGCAAAGAGGCCGUCAAGCAGAUCGAGGUGUUGCAGCACGUGGCCACCAACCUGGGGCGCAGCCGGGCCUGGCUCUACCUGGCCCUCAAUGAGAACUCCUUGGAGAGCUACCUGAGGCUGUUCCAGGAGAACCUGGGCCUGCUGCAGAAGUACUACGUCAGGAACGCCCUGGUCUGCAGCCACGAUCACCUGACUCUCUUCCUGACCUUGGUGUCUGGGCUGGAGUUCAUUCGCUUCGACCUGGAGCUGGAUGCCCCUUACUUAGACCUGGCCCCCUACAUGCCUGACUACUACAAACCGCAGAACCUGCUGGACUUUGAAGACCGCCUCCCUAGCUCAGUCCACGGCUCGGACAGCCUGUCCCUUAACUCCUUCAACUCUGUCACCUCCACCAACCUCGAAUGGGAUGACAGUGCGAUUGCCCCAUCCAGCGAGGAUUAUGAUUUUGGAGAUGUGUUUCCAGCAGUGCCGUCUGUACCCAGCACAGACUGGGAAGAUGGAGACCUCACAGACACCAUCAGUGGCCCUCGCUCAACUGCUUCGGACCCGACCAGCAGUAAGGCAUCCACCAGGAGCCCCACCCAGCGCCACAACCCCUUCAACGAGGAGCAGGCUGAGACCGUGUCCUCCUCCGACACCACCCCGGUGCACACCACCUCACAGGACAAGGGGGAGUCCCAGGCCCUGGAGCCACCGGAUGCCUGCACAGAGCUCGAGGUCAUCAGGGUCACCAGGAAGAAGAAGAUGGGCAAGAGGAAGAAGGUCAGACCAGAUGAGGAAGCAAGUCCGCUUCACCCAGUCUCCAGCCAGCAGCCAGGUGCCAGGCAAGGGCAUGGUGACAGCCAGGUCAGCAGCCCGGGCCUUGGGCGGGACUCGCCGGACACCACCCUCGCCUCCCCACCGGAGGAGGGCGAGGGGCCCGGCAGCACUGCGGAAAGCAGCGAGCACUCCGAGCUCGGCCAGGUGGGCCUGCUGAUCCCCGAGAUGAAGGACACCUCCAUGGAGUGCCUAGGACAGCCCCUGAGAAAGGUCAUUGACCAGCUCCACGGGCAGCUGGACCCCAGCACCUGGAGCUCCCACAUUGAGCCCCCGAACCAGUCCUUUCGGACCAGCUCUUCCGGGGAGGCCCCGGAGAAACCACCGUUUUGUGACUUUAGUGAGGGGCUUCCAGCCCCCAUGGACUUCUACCGUUUUACCAUCGAGAGUCCAAGCACUGUUACAUCAGGUGGCGGCCACCAUGACCCUGCAGGGCCUGGCCAACCGCUGCAUGUUCCUGGUGGCCCUGAGGCUGCUGGCCAAGAAGAGGGAAGAGGAGGAGAGGGACAGACACCUGGGCUCCUAGAGGAUGCGCUGGGGGCGGCUCAGGAGCUGGAGACCCUGGAAGAGGACUCCCAGCCACCUCUGGCCCGUGAGCGACCUGGGUCCGGGUCCGAGCCCGAGCCGCAGACCCAGGAGCCUCCCUGCCCUCUCAAGGGGGACCAGCCCAGCCCGUGUCUGAGCAGCGCUGAGGACUCAGGGGUGGACGAGGGCCAGGGAAGCCCUUCUGAAAUAACCCACUCCUCCGAGUUCCGGGUAGACAACAAUCACCUGCUCCUGCUGAUGAUCCACGUGUUCCGGGAAAAUGAGGAGCAGCUGUUCAAAAUGAUCCAGAUGAGCACCGGCCACAUGGAAGGCAACUUGCAGCUGCUGUACGUGCUGCUCACGGACUGCUACGUCUACCUGCUCCGCAAAGGGGCCACAGAGAAGCCAUACCUGGUGGAAGAGGCUGUUUCUUACAAUGAACUUGACUAUGUGUCGGUCGGCCUUGACCAGCAGACGGUGAAGCUGGUGUGCACCAACCGCAGGAAGCAGUUUCUGCUGGACACUGCCGAUGUGGCCCUGGCUGAGUUCUUCUUGGCCUCUCUGAAGUCAGCCAUGAUCAAAGGUUGUCGGGAACCACCCUACCCCAGCGUCCUGACAGAUGCCACCAUGGAGAAGCUGGCACUGGCCAAAUUUGUGGCCCAGGAAUCCAAGUGUGAGGCAUCCUCUGUGACUGUGCACUUCUACGGGCUCGUGCACUGGGAGGACCCCAUGGACGAGGCGCUGCGCCCCGGGCCCUGCCACUGCUCGCCCCCCGAGGGCGCUGUCUCCAAAGAAGGCGUGCUGCACUACAAGGCGGGCACCUCCUACCUGGGCAAGGAGCACUGGAAGACCUGCUUCGUGGUGCUCAGCAAUGGGAUCCUCUACCAGUACCCCGACCGGACCGAUGUCAUCCCCCUGCUCUCAGUGAACAUGGGGGGGGAGCAGUGCGGUGGCUGCCGGAGAUCCAACACCACGGAUCGGCCCCACGCCUUCCAGGUCAUUCUCGCUGACCGGCCGUGCCUGGAGCUGAGUGCUGAGAGCGAAGCCGAGAUGGCCGACUGGAUGCAGCACCUCUGCCAGGCUGUGUCCAAAGGGGUCAUCCCCCAGGGGGUCGCUCCCAGCCCCUGCAUCCCCUGCUGCCUGGUGAUCACUGCGGACCGCCUCUUCACGUGCCACGAGGACUGCCAGACCAGCUUCUUCCGCUCACUGGGCACGGCCAGGCUGGCCGACAUCAGCGCUGUCUCCAUGGAGCCGGGCAAGGAGUACUGCGUCCUGGAGUUCUCCCAGGACAGCCUGCAGCUGCCCGCGCCCUGGGUCAUCUACCUGAGCUGCACUUCUGAACUGGACCGGUUCCUGUCUGCACUGAACUCUGGGUGGAAAGCCAUUUACCAGGUAGACCUGCCCCACAAGGCGAUCCAUGAAGCCUCCAGCAGGCAGAAGUUUGAGGACGCCCUGAGCCUCAUCCACAGCGCCUGGCAGCGGAGCGACAGCCUCUGCCGAGGCAGAGCCUCCCGGGACCCCUGGUGCUGAGGCGGAGUUCGGUGGCAUCCCAGGUGGACGGGAGGGGAAGCAGGCUGAGCAGAAAGCACAGUUGUGUCAUCACACCGCCCGGGAGCCAGGCCCCCGCACGCUUCCUACAGCCCCCGGCUGCACCCGGCGGCAGAACCAUGAGUGUGGCUUGAGACGGGCCUCCCCACUCUCAGGGGUCCCAAGUGGUGCCCAGCACCCUGGGUAUCCUGCCUGAUGGGUAGUGGCUCGAGGUCGCCAGGGCAGAGGUCUGAGCCCCGUGGGCUCUGUAGACGCACACUUCCUUCCCGGGCCACCGUCUAUUCAGGAUGACGAUGAGAAUCCUUCUAAGGAGGGAGCAAAAGGACCAGGAGGGUGGGAGCCCCUUCCUCCCCUGGGUCAGGGGCCUGGGCAGAGGCUCAGGGCCUGCUGGGGAUCCUGAGUGCCCAGCCACCCUUGUUCGUUUUGGAACACUCUCCUGGCUGUACAGGAGCUGGAGGACUAGUGUCUGUGCAUGCUUCCUCCCUCCCCGCUGAUCCACCCCACACACAGCUGCCUGCCAGGGGCCUGCAUGCCCGCGGCCUGCCCUGCCUUCCCCCAACCCAGCAGAGCCGGCAGGACCCAGGGAUCAGCUGGCUCCUUGUGGCAGGAGUCAAGGGGAGGGCGAGGUCCUGGCAGAGGAGCAGAGCCUACCAGCCUGGUGUCCACCUUGACAUCUCCUGACGGCCCCUUGCCAGCCGGAGCCAGGCCCUCCCUGGGCUUUGUCAGCACCCUCAGGAGAAGGGGCCCAUGGUUUGGGUUUUGUUUUUAAAAAUAAAACAGAUAUGGUACAUUGCCAA